AGCCUCUCUAAACCUAAAAAGCAUAGCCUUUAUAGUUUCCAUUCUUUGCAUUCACAUUCUCACAGCCUCCUCCUCUCUUCCAAUUUUCUCGUAAAUCCUCUCAACCUUUAUAUAUAUAUAUAUUUUUUUUGGGAAACCAGAGAGAGGCUGAGUAAAAAUUUUUUGCUGGAAACAACAUCAUGAGUUCCCAUAGCUUCUACAAGAGAGCUUACAGCUUCUUCAAAGCUUACCCUUCUGCCUCCAAGCUCCUUCUUCUCAGCACCUGCAGCGGUGGAGGUCUACUAGUUUUUUCAGACUCGGUUCCACCGAGACGUGCAUUAACCUCAGAUGGACAAGAAGUACCGAAGAAGAAGGUGGUUGUCUUGGGAAGCGGCUGGGGAGGCUACAGCUUCUUGAGCCACUUCAACAACCCUAACUACGACGUCAAAGUCGUCUCCCCGCGAAACUUCUUCCUCUUCACUCCCCUCCUGCCGAGCGUCACCAACGGCACGGUCGAAGCCCGCAGCAUCGUCGAGCCCAUCCGCGGCCUCAUGCGCAAGAAAGGGUUCGAGUACACCGAGGCGGAGUGCGUCGAGAUCGAUCCCUCCACCAAGAAGAUCCACUGCAGAUCCAAGGACGGCUCUAACGUUGAUAAGGAGUUUGACAUGGACUACGAUAUUCUUGUCGUAGCCGUUGGAGCUAAGCCCAACACGUUCAACACCCCUGGAGUCGAGGAGCAUGCUCAUUUUUUAAAGGAGGCCGAGGACGCGCUCAAGAUUCGCCGAUCGGUUAUCAACUGUUUCGAGAGAGCGUCUCUUCCUUCUCUAACCGAAGAAGAGAGGAAAAAAAUUCUGCACUUUGUCGUGGUCGGUGGAGGGCCCACGGGGGUCGAGUUCUCGGCUGAGCUGCAUGACUUCUUGGUCGAGGACGUGGCGAAGAUUUACCCCAAGGUUCAAGAGUUCACGAGGAUCACUCUUCUCGAAGCGGGGGACCACAUUCUCAACAUGUUUGACAAGAGGAUCACUGCUUUCGCUGAGGAGAAGUUCCAGAGAGACGGUAUUGAUCUGAAGACCAAGAACAUGGUUGUGGGAGUGAAUGCCGAUGAGAUAUCAACGAAAGAGAUAGCGACUGGUAAAAUUGUGUCUGAGCCUUAUGGAAUGGUUGUGUGGUCGACGGGGGUUGGGAUACGUCCUGUCAUCAAGGAGUUUAUGCACCGGAUUGGUCAGGGUCAGAGGCGUGUCUUGGCAACUGAUGAAUGGCUUAGAGUGGAGGGAUGUGACAGUGUCUAUGCUUUAGGUGAUACUGCAACCAUCAACCAACGUAGAGUCAUGGAAGAUAUAGCUGCAAUUUUCAGUAAGGCAGACAAGGGAGAGACGGGAACAUUGAACAAGAAAGAGUUCAAAAGUGUUGUGAAAGACAUCUGCCAGAGGUACCCUCAGGUGGAGCUUUACUUGAAGAAGAAGAAACUGAGAAACAUUGCAAACUUGCUGAAGAGUGCUAACGGUGAUGACACUGAGGUCAACAUCGAGACGUUUAAGCAAGCACUCUCUGAGGUUGAUACUCAGAUGAAGAAUCUUCCAGCAACUGCACAGGUUGCGUCACAACAAGGGAAGUAUCUUGCGAAGUGCUUCAACAAAAUGGAGAAGUGUGAGAAGAAGCCAGAGGGACCGCUGAGGUUCAGAGGAGAAGGUAGGCACAGGUUCCAGCCGUUUAGGUACAGACAUUUCGGAUCGUUUGCUCCGCUUGGAGGGGAACAGACAGCAGCUGAACUACCAGGGGAUUGGGUUUCUAUUGGUCACAGCAGCCAGUGGCUAUGGUACUCUGUCUACGCUAGCAAACUGGUGAGCUGGCGCACAAGGUCGCUCGUGGUCUCUGACUGGGUUCGUCGCUUUAUCUUUGGCCGUGACUCUAGUAGCAUCUAAGCUUCUUUUUUUUUUUGCUUCUCUCCAAACUUUUUGUGUUUCUCCUUCAAGAUUUUGCAUGAUGUCCUAAAUGUUUAAUGGUUAAUUGUUUUUGCUCA